UGCUCCUCGCCUCGUCUUAUAGUAUUUUUCAUCGACAGCAAUCUGUCGAAUCGUUUCGUUUUCACUUCCCAUUUCUGCUGCACGGUAUAUAUUGUCUACCAACGAUCCUGAAAACAGACUAUGCGUAAAAUUGUCUGUUAGUUGGUUUGGUUUGUUGCGCCGCGAAGUGACGCGCGAAGACAAAAACAAGGAUGCAUCGACGACGGAGAUGAGCGCUGGCGUGUUGAAAGAUUUGAACGAUGGCAAUUAACAUCAUCGUCGUUCAACAGUAUCAUUUCGGAGUUGUGAUAACGACAACGGUGGCGGAAAAGAUGAACAAGUGGCGAUGACAGGCCUGAUUUUGGAGAACGCUGACCUGAAUCUUCUGUUUCCGAAAUGCCGGCCUAAGCUGAACUGCAGCAGUCCAGGCGCAGGCGGCGAAAACAACAACAAUAACGCUUCAUCAUCAUCAUCAUUAUCAUCGUCCGCCAAUCAUACCAACGACGAUAUGCUCGAACUCGAACGCGACACCUCUGAAAGGUGUAGAAAGCGUACGAACGGUCGCAAGAAAUCCCUGUCCCGUCGUCAGUCAAGCUUAGCAGAUCAGCAGGCAUCGUCGACGACAACGACGACGGCAGCAAUAGCGAGCGAUGAGAGUGUCAUAAGCCUAAGGAAGCAACAGCAGCAUCAAGCGGCAAGUUCGUCAAGUUCGUCGUCGGCGUCGGGGAGAUAUAGCGAUGAGCCGCCGAACCAAGCUUACGCUAGUGAUGACCAACAGGCGCAAUCACAGCAGGACGAUAGUGGCACCGAGGACAGUCCUGUUUACAUACUUACCUCGGCCAAAGGCGAUCGCAGCUAUAACUCAGGGACUCCAG